UCGGCGGAGCUCAGGGGGGGAUGCGUGGGCCGCUGCUCCGGCGCCGGUUCCUCCCGCCUCUGGAAGCGCUGUUGCGGCCCGGCCGGCCGGAAGUGACGCCUGCGGAGUCGUGCGCGGCGGCGAUGGCCUCCAGCAAGCGGGUCCUCUACGUGGGUGGGCUUGCCGAGGAGGUGGACGAGCGGGUGCUGCACGCGGCCUUCAUCCCCUUCGGAGACCUGACGGACAUCCAAAUCCCGCUGGACUACGAGACCGAAAAACAUCGAGGCUUCGCUUUCAUUGAAUUUGAGCUGGCUGAGGAUGCUGCAGCUGCUAUUGACAACAUGAACGAAUCUGAGCUCUUUGGGAGGACUAUCCGUGUCAACCUGGCCAAGCCAAUGAGGAUCAAAGAAGGCUCCUCCCGUCCAGUCUGGUCAGAUGAUGAUUGGCUGAAGAAAUUUUCGGGAAAGACACUUGAGGAGAAUUUGGAAGAGGGAGUGGUGGCAGCCCGGUCAGAGGUUCAAGAGGGAGAACCACCAGUGAAGAAAUCCAGGACCAACCCCCAGGUUUACAUGGAUAUCAAGAUUGGAAAUAAACCUGCCGGUCGAUUGCAUAUUCUCUUGCGGUCAGAUAUUGUCCCGAUGACCACUGAGAACUUCCGUUGUCUUUGCACGCACGAGAAAGGCUUCGGCUUCAAGGGAAGCAGCUUUCACCGAAUUAUCCCCCAGUUCAUGUGCCAGGCUGGAGAUUUCACCAACCACAACGGUACCGGUGGGAAGUCAAUCUACGGGAAGAAGUUUGAUGAUGAAAACUUUAUCCUGAAGCACACGGCACCAGGUUUGCUGUCCAUGGCCAAUUCUGGUGCCAACACCAAUGGCUCCCAGUUUUUUAUCACUUGCGACAAGACCGACUGGCUGGAUGGGAAACAUGUGGUCUUUGGAGAGAUCACCGAAGGAAUGGACGUGAUGCGGCAGAUUGAGGCUCAAGGCAGCAAAGACGGGAAACCAAAGCAAAAAGUCAUCAUCUCUGAUUGUGGUGAAUUCAUCUGAAUGUGGCCGCAAGGUGGGAAUAGCGGAUAACAGGAGGAGAAGACCAAGCGUAGCAUCGCUUUGCUCUGGAUGAAAACUGGGAUACUUUCCUAAACAUUCAGUCCGAGUCAGAACUGUAAAACUCUUGAGAUAUUUCCUUUGUACAGAAUUUUUCUUUCUAUAAAAUUCAUGUAUUUUUUACAACA